AUGACUGUCCACCCUGCUGCCAAAGGCCCUUCCGAAGCUGCAAGAGUGGACGACACACUUCCACUGACAGUGGAGAGGGCAGACGAGGUCAGAGCGUUCUGUGACAGCGUGAGGCACCCGGCCGCAAGUUCGCGCAAUGCUUUCAACGAGUGGUGCUCCUGCACUGGCAAUUCUGCAUCGGUUGCAGGAAGUGGCUAUGGAGGGGUGUUCGGCCACCGGGCACGAGACCGGCAGCAUUCGGAGGCGCAGUUCCCGCUGUCAGUGCUGGUGCCAGCAGUGCCAGCGCCGGCAGUUCCGGUGCCGUUUCCGGGCGGCGUCCUCCAUACCGACCGGGAAGUUUGCAAGGUGCUGGGUGGUAAACUGCGCGAGUCUCUGGGCCUCCUGUUGUUGAAGGAGCCGGCGCCAUCAACUGGCUCGAGCUCUCAUGAAAGGCGUGCGGGGCGCCGUGUGCGCUUCAAGCCGACUGGUGAAGGCUGGGGCCUGCAGGAGGUCGAGGAUUACUUGGUGAGUUUCGGCCCGAUCUCAGAGGUGGAGCAGACGGAGCCGGGCGUGUUCGAUGUCACCUUCUUGGAAGCUGAAUCGGCUUCGCAUGCGGCCAGGGAACUCGAUGGGAUGCUGUGGGCCCAGGGCGAGCGACCGCUACAAUGCCAGCGGGUGAUUGCGCAGGAGCCCGCGCCGUCCGCGCCGUCCGCGCCGUCCGCGCCGUCCGAGUACCAGGUUUUCCAGUUCUACGUGGACGAACUCCUGACCUGCGCCCAUGCUCCAGGCCCUCUCGACCGGCAAGUCUUUCUCAGCGAGCUGCCGCUGGAAGAAUAUCCCGAGGAUGCACUCCGCAACUGGCUGCAAGACUUCGGCGAGAUCCAGAACUUUUGCCUGCUGCAGGAUGCCAAGCAGGAGCCCACAGGCCACGCCUACGUCACUUUCGCGACCCACGAGCAUGCCGUGUCUUUGGUAGACACGCUGGCCGAAGAGGAUGAUGACAGCAUCAACAUCAAGGGUUCAUGGUCAGUAUCGGAGAAGAUGGUGCAGAGGGCUCAAGGGCCCUUCAGAGGGGACGUCGUCACCUCCCUGGCGCACCGUUUAAGGGGGAUGCAGCAGAGCCUCAUGUGCGACAAGCUCCUCCUUGGUGGGGACAGCUGGCCUUCAACCUUGGCAGAGGUUGUGGAGGUUUUUGGCCGGAAGCCAUUCCCGCAAGCCUUGUACAUCCUGGCGCGGACCACCCUUCCGCAGGAGCAGAUCAAGCAGAAGCUGAAAGCCAUCGUUUCCCACGCCGUCUCUCACCCAAUCGCGCCAAAGAAGGCGGUGCGUCCGCCAGCGCCGCAGGCGGCAAAGGUGGCCAAGGCGCCACAGGCCGCGGCUUCGGCGGCUUCAGCGCCUGCGGCGUCUGCGGUGCCUGCGGCAGGCUACCUGGCAACCGCUCGGCCACGGCCAGUGCGCCCACCAAGGCCCACCACCCCCACCGUGCAAGCAGCCAGCCCAGCCCAGAACACCCAAGUGCCCAGAACCCACGCCGCCCAGGCGGCACAGGCAGCCCAAACCCAAUCACCUCCGAAGAUACGGGCCAGCGGACCGUCCGUGCGCCCCGCUGCGGCGCCCCUGCGCGGGACUGCUGCAGCUGCUGCCACACCAUUCGCCACUGCCGCUACGCCGCCGGCAGCACCAGCACCGGCACCAACAGCAGCACCGGCACCUGCACCGGCAGCUGCACCGGCAGCUGCAGCGGCAGCAGCGUCUGCGGCGAGAGCUGCAGGGCCACUCUCCCCCUGUAUCCUCGUGCGCGGCAUUGCUGCCAGCUGGAGCGAGCAGCAGGUCAAGCUGAUCUUUGCAGUAUUUGGAGGUGUUGCAGCCUUGCAGCUUUCUGAGGACCAGAGUGGUCGCUUUGCAAGGGUGCAGCUGAAGGUGCAGGACAAGAUGGCGAAGGCUGUGGAGCAGCUCAACAACACGCAGGUUGGAGAUGGCGAGCUGAUGGAGGAGUGCACCCUCAGUUGCGAGCUCCAAGGUGUGGAGGAGACGAGGCCGAAGAUCCACACGGUCUUUUUGGACGAGCUCACCCUGAGCUGGGCAGGCCUUGAGCCUGGUGCCGGCGACUGCGAGCUCUACAUGUGCAACUUGCCCGUCGCAGACUGCUUGGAGGACGACAUCAUGGAAUGGCUUGGCGGCUUUGGAGAUGUGAAGGACCUGUAUCUCCUGCGCAGCCAAGAGCCCGGCAAAGACCCCAAAGCCCCUGGGCUCACAGGGCAGGGCUAUGUGCGCUUCUCCUCGAACAAGGAAGCCAAGGAGUGCCUCGAGGCCAACUCGACGCCUGCGGAUGCGGAGGAGGGCGACGUGAUUGGCACCUGGUCCCAGAGCGAGAGGCUGCUGCAGGGAGCCAGCAGCGUUUACGGCCUUGACCUCUUGCAGUGCAUCGACCAGAACUUCUUGCAAUCGGUCGGGAAGGCAGCCAAGGUAAAGAACCUAUGGCUGCUGGCUGAAGGAAGGGCCGUCGGCCCCCAAGCACCGAAACCGCAGGCAAAGCAGCUGCAUUUUGCCAGUGACUGCUUGGAGGCGGAGCUGCCCCAGCUUCGGGAGCAGCUGCGGCAGGCCCUGGCCGAGCUCCGGAAGGCCAAGACGGAAGCCGCGAAGGCAGACGAGGCCAAGGCGGCCAAGGCGGCCAAAGAGGCCAAGGAGGCCAAGGAGGCCAAGGAGGCCAAGGAGGCCAAGGAGGCCAAGGAGGCCAAGGAGGCCAAAGGCACAGCACUGAGAACUGAGCAGAACGGAGCAGAUCGGAGCAGCACGGAGCAGUAG